GUUUCUCUCAUUGCAAACUGUCUAGAUGAGAUCCCACCCGUGCCUUGUAAAACCACCACAAAGCAUAAUUGGGACUUCACACUCCCUCCUUCGGGGAUGCCGAGGAGAGCAGUGUGGAGCAGGAGUGCUCCUCCUGGCCUCAGAAAGCACGAGAUGGCCAUCUCAGGUGGCAGGCACUGGCAGGGCAAGGCUGACCCUUUCAGUGUGGUGGCUGCCUCCUUGGUGAGCCAACUGUCUGACCAGAAGAAGAGGGUUGAGUCACCUCUCAUCCGGUUCAGAGGGGUGUAUUUGCCUCCUGCACCGCACCCUUUAAACAAGACGUUAGUCAAGGGUGGCAAGUGGAAGGACGUGGAUAGCACCCAGGAAAAGCGCAGGUCCUUCCUGCAUGACUUCUGUAAGAAAUACAACAGCAGAAAGAAGCUGCGAACCCACCUCGUGCACCUGGUAUCAAGAAUUUAUGUGGAGGACAGGCACAAGGUCCUGUACUGCGAAGUGCCAAAAGCAGGCUGCUCUAAUUGGAAAAGGGUCCUCAUGGUGCUUAAUGGACUCGCCACUUCAGCACACAACAUUUCCCAUGACGAUGUGCACUAUGGAAAGCAUCUAAGGAAACUGGACAGUUAUGACCUAAAAGGGAUAUACACACGCUUGAACACAUACACCAAGACUAUAUUUGUACGUGAUCCUAUGGAAAGACUGGUAUCUGCCUUCAGGGAUAAGUUCGAACAUCCGAACAGCUAUUACCAUCCAGUAUUUGGGAAGGCAAUAAUUAAGAAGUAUAGACAUAACGCCAAUGAAGAAGCAUUGAAAACAGGAUCAGGAGUUAAGUUCAAGGAGUUUAUCCAAUAUUUGUUAGAUCCUCAUCGCCCAGUAGGAAUGGACAUUCAUUGGGAGCAAGUCAGUAAGCUCUGCUAUCCCUGCCUCAUCAACUAUGAUUUUAUAGGAAAGUUUGAAACCCUGGAAGACGAUGCCAAUUACUUUUUGCAGCUGGUAGGUGCUCCAGCCGAGCUGAAGUUUCCUAAAUUCAAAGACAGACAUUCCUCUGAUGAGAGAACAAGUGCAGAAGUAGUGAGGCAAUACUUAAAGAAAUUGUCUAAGGAGGAGAGACAGCUGACCUACGACUUCUAUUACUUGGAUUACUUAAUGUUCAAUUAUACAUCACCAGCUGUAUAG